AUGCCGGCUGGCGCCCACCGACAUCCAUUUACGCCAAAUAUUAUGCAAUCUGCACUUCUUGACCAUUGGAAGUCCUUGCCCCUUGACAAGUACGAUGGCACCACCGACCCCGAUGAACACGUAGACGUGUUCUUAACUCAAGUUACUCUGAGCACAACCGAUGAUGCCGCCUUGUGCCGAAUCUUCCCAACAUCGUUAAAAGGGCGAGCGCUGAGCUGGUUUACUCGGCUUCCAGCUAACUCGAUUGACUCGUUCAGCACGUUAGCUUGCCAGUUCACCAUCCAAUUCGCUACAAUUCGGCCUCACCAGUUGACCUCUUUGGCGCUGGUCAGCAUCCGUCACGAGAAAAAUGAGUCCCUUCGGGCGUUCAUAAGCCGAUUCAACAAAGCGGGGCUUGAAAUCCGAGACUUGAACCCUGUAGUGGCUCUGCAUCACCUUACCACCGCCUUGAAACCGGGGCCUUUUGCCAACAACAUUUGUAAGAAUCCCCCUACCGACAUGGAUGAUUUGCGUCGGCGAGCCGACAAAUACAUGCAGAUGGAAGAAUUAGCCGAGUUCCAUAACCAGGCCCUAGCGGAGGUGUCGGCAAAGCCUGAAAAGCCGACUGAAAACAAUUUUCGAAGCCGUCUGAAAGAACUGGUACCCCGCGAGAGGCCCCCUCGUGGCCCGAAGUAUUCCCAUUAUACACCACUCAACACCAGCAGGUCGGCAAUACUAGAACAAGCACUCGCUUCGGAAGUACUAGCCAUCCCAAAACGAGCGUCGACCCCUCCCCGGGCCGAUACGACCAAAUCUUGCAGGUAUCAUCGCAAUCGCGGACAUUCAACUGACGAAUGUUCGGCCCUGAAAGAUAAGAUUGAAGACUUGAUCAAGCAAGGACAGUUGCAAGGCUUCGUGGACCGACCGAACUCUUCGAAAUACUCCAACCAGUCGCGGCGGUAUGAUCAGCCCGAACAAAGAAGGACAGAAGCAUGCUCGUACAGUGAACGCAAUCGAUCAAGAGAUCGAAGAGAGGAAGAGCCUUCGGCACAGCCUCGGCGAGUCAUCAACACGAUAGCAGGAGGAUUCGCUGGCGGAGGUUCAUCCUCAUCAGCCCAACGCAGACACUUACGAGCUGUUCGGCACGUGCAUGCAGUGGAGACAGUUCGUCGUCGCCUUCCCACCAUCACUUUCACCGAGGACGACUUCAAAGGCAUCGACCCGGACCAGGAUGAUCUGAUGGUAAUCAGUGUCAAAAUUCAUAACUGCAUUGUACGAAAGACGUUGGUUGAUCAGGGAAGUUCAGCCGACAUUCUUUAUUGGAACACGUUCAAACAGCUGGGUAUUCCGGAGUCUAAGUUAGUUCCUUAUGAUGAACCUUUGGUCGGGUUCUCCGGUGAACGAGUCAAGACAAAAGGAUAUAUCAAGUUGUCAACUCAGUUCGGGUUUGAAGGAAUUUAG